AUGAUCAUAAAGCAACUUCUCAAACGUCACCCUUACUGUAACUCUCCCUCCUAUGCUUUCUUUGUUUACUUGAAGCUCUUCUCUUCAAUCCCAUCUACUUAUUCUUGCUCUGAUAUCGAAACCCAACUGAGGUUUCUUUGUGAUAAGUCGAAUCCUCAGAUUUCAGAGGCCGUUUCGCUUUUUCGGGGUUCCAUCGAUUCUGACCGCUUGCCUUCUGGGGGAGCCUGCAAUUUGCUUGUGCACACUCUCACAAGGUCGAAAAAUUAUGAAUUGGCGUUUUCGGUUUAUAGUAAGAUGACCCAUGUUGGUAUUUUUCCGAGUUUUAUAUCAUUGAGUUGUUUAGUUGCAUGUUUUGUUAAUACCAAUCAUGCCAAAUUCGCACCUGGGGUCUUGGGAUUGGUAUUGAAGCGUGGAUUUCAGUUAAAUGUGUAUGUUGUGAAUCUUAUGUUAAAGGGUUUGUGUUCUAAUGAUGAGGUUGAGAAGGCAAUGGAGCUGUUUAGUGUAAUGGGAAGAAAUUGUGUAACCCCGGAUAUUGUUAGUUACAACAUUCUUAUACACGGGCUCUGCAAGGCAAAAAAAUUGAAAGAAGCCACAGAAUUGUUGGUUGAUAUGGAGAUGGCAGAUUCUGACCCAAAUGUGAAGACAUACAGCACUUUGAUCGAUGGAUUUUGCAAGGAUGGCAGAGUGGAUGAGGCAAUGGGUUUGUUGGAGGAAAUGAAGCAAAAAGGUUUGGAACCGGAUGUUGUUGUGUACAGUACCCUUAUAAGUGGUUUUUGUGAUAAAGGGAGUUUUGAUAGAGGCAAAGAAAUUUUCAAUGAGAUGCUAAAGAAGGGUAUUCCUCCUAAUGUGGUUACAUAUAGUUGUUUCAUACAUAACCUCUCCAGGAUGGGGAACUGGAAAGAAGCCAUUGCGAUGUUAAAUGAUAUGACCAAGUGCGGAGUUCGCCCUGAUACUGUUACUUAUACAGGCUUACUUGAUGGGCUUUUCAAAAAUGGAAGGGCUACAAAAGCCAUGGAGCUAUUCAAUUUAAUGUUAUUGAAUGGUGAAGAGCCUAACACUGUAACAUACAAUGUUAUGAUUGAUGGACUAUGCAAGGAAGGGUUGGUCAAUGAUGCUUUUAAGAUUUUGGAAAUGAUGAAGGGUAAGGGGAAAAAGCCUGAUGUAAUUACAUACAACACGUUACUGAUGGGACUUUCUACUGAUGGGAAGGUUGAUGAGGCCAUGAAACUUUACAGUACGAUGUCAAAAGACGGGAACUUUGUUGAGCCGGAUGUUAUAACUUAUAACAUGCUAAUUUUUGGACUCUGCAAGGAAGGCGAUCUUGAUACGGUUAUGGAGAUUUGUAAUACAAUGGUUGAAAGGGGCAUUGCUUGUAACAUAUUUACUUAUAAUGCUAUGAUAGGUGGAUGUCUACAGGAAGGAUUAGUGGGCAAGGCCAUAAAGUUCUGGAGACAUGCACUUGACUUGGGAUUUGUUCCGAACUCAAUUACUUAUAGUCUCAUGAUCAAUGGAUUUUGCAAAACUCAUAUGCUUAAGUUUGCAAAAGGACUUUUUAGCAAAAUGAGAGCUUCUGGGGUUAAUCCUACUUUGAUUGACCACAAUGUUUUGAUGCUGUACUUGUGUAAGGAGGGUAGUUUGGGGCAAGCUAGGAUGUUAUUCGAAGAGAUGAGGAGUACAAAUUGUGUUCCGAAUCUGGUCUCAUUUAAUACAAUUAUUGAUGGAACUCUCAAAGCGGGAGAUAUUAAAUCUGCUAAAGACUUGCUAGAGGACAUGUUUAAAAUGGGUUUAACUCCUGAUACAAUUACCUUUUCCACAUUAGUAAACCGAUUUUCAAAACUUGGGCUUUUGGAUGAGGCUAAAAUAGUUCUUGAGAAAAUGAUUGCUUGUGGUCUUGAACCUGAUGCCUUUGUAUUUGAUUCUUUACUAAAGGGCUAUAGUUCAAAGGGUGAAUCAGAAGAAAUCAUUAGUUUGCUUCAUCAGAUGGCAGACAAGGGUGUUAUUCUUGACUCAGAAAUAACUUCUACCAUCUUGUCAUGCCUCUGUCAAAUCUCAGACGAUUAUGAUGUGAUGAAAAUUCUCCCAACUUUUUCUCAAGAAACAUCGAAAGGAGCAAGCAUCUCCUGCAAUGAGCUAUUGAUGAAACUCAAUAAAUCUUACCCAGAACUUAAAUUAUAA